AUGGACGGACACGAACUCACCAAAAUGAUUGCCAAGAUUAGAGUUACAAUCGAUGGACUAAAACCACUCAUACAAGAGACGAUCUUAGAGUUCUCCACAGGUGAAGAGACAAUUGUUGCUCUGGAAUAUGAAAGGCUGGCAUCUCAUUGCACACACUGCCUUAUGCUAACCCAUGAGAAGAAAGAUUGCCCACAGAUUAUAACUCAGCCAGAAGUAAACGAGACUCUGAGGCAACCCCCAAACCAGAGAGAGUAUAACUCCAACCAAGAAAGAAACACUAACGUCAACAAUAACUUUGAAUACGGGCAAAUAAGAGGAUCUGACACACAAACCCCUACGGAAAACCAGAGGUCAAGGGAAGCACCAAGGGGUCUCAGAUUCGUUAUGAGAGAGAGGGAAGAACAAAUCACCAUGGAGGACACCAGCGAAAGGAUAUCUAUACUGAAAGGGGUUCCGUCUCUAAUAGGGAACAGAGACCUCACGACCCUCGACGUCCCUAUGCGCUAG